CGGCAGAUAAAAGUUUGCCACUGGACAAAUUUGGGCACUAGCGCGCACUUGCUUUUCCAAUUCCCUACGAUUAAAUCUGAAACCAAUUACAAUUAAAUUGAAGAAAACAAAAAAAAGAAGAAAGAAUCAUAUUUAUUCGCCGGCGUCAAAGAGCACGCCGGCGAUGGAUCUGAAGAUGGAGAAUGAGAAAAGCAAGAAGAAGAAGAAGAAUGGUUUGUUAGCCUUCAAAUCCUUAUUCUCCUUCAAGAGUGAGUUAGGGAGUGAUGAUGAUGCAGCCACCACUCCUCCUUACCAGCCUUUACCUUUUCUUUCUCCUCUCGCUAAUUCUGUUCUCUCUCGAUGCUCCAAGAUUUUGCAGGUACAGAUUGAAGAGUUGCAACAUCAAUUUGAUUCAGAUCUUCUUGAUGAUGUUAAACAACCCUUAGUGUAUGCAAGGAACUUUCUGGAAUUUUGCUCCUUCCAAGCUCUUCAAGUGGAAACCAUCCGUCCUGAUUAUCUGAGCGAUAAGGACUUCCGUCGGUUGAUGUUCGAUAUGAUGCUAGCAUGGGAGGCCCCUGGUGUUGGAAAUCAAAUGUCGUCACAGGAAACUGCUGCUUCUGAUGAGAGGGAAGUGGAGGAUGAAGAUAGCUGGUCAUUGUUUUAUUCAGAUUCCACAAACAUGGCUGUUCAGGUUGAUGAUAAAAAGACAGUUGGUGCAGAUUCAUUUUCACGAAUAGCUCCUGCUUGUGCUAUUGUUGCAGACAUUAUAACAGUUCACAAUCUUUUCGAUGUCCUAGCAAGUUCUUCAGGUCAACGGCUCCAUUUUCUUAUAUAUGACAAGUACCUUCGGAGUCUUGAAAAGGUGAUAAAGGCAGUCCAGAAUUUCAGUGGGCCUCAAAUGGUGUCCAACCUUUCACUUGCAGAGGAAGAGAUAAUACUAGAGGUGGAUGGUACAGUUCCCACACAACCAGUUUUGAAACAUAUUGGAAUAGCUGCAUGGCCUGGAAGGUUAACAUUAACCAACUAUGCUCUCUACUUUGAGUCUGGUAUGGGCUUAUAUGAUAAAGCAGUGCGAUAUGAUCUAGCAUCCGACUUGAAACAAAUCAUUAAGCCUGAGCUAACUGGACCUUUAGGUGCUCGCCUCUUUGACAAAGCAGUUAUGUACAAGUCCUCAUCUAUGGUAGAUCCUGCAUAUUUUGAAUUUCCGGAAUUUAAAGGAAGUUCAAGACGGGACUAUUGGUUGGAUAUCUGUCUCGAGAUCUUCCAUGCUCACAAUUUUGCUCGGAAGUAUAAUCUCAAAGAGGGUCAGCAGUCCGAAGCACUUGCUAGGGCUGUUCUUGGAAUUUACAGAUACAGGGCAGUAAGAGAGGCUUUUAAAGUAUCUUCGUCCAAUUACAAAACCCUACUGUGUUUUAACUUGGCAGAAAGUCUUCCUAGAGGAGAUGCGAUCUUGGAAACUUUAUCAAGCCGCUUGAUACUCCUGAACUCUGCCGGCAAUCAAUGUGGAUUAUUGGGUUCUCCUAGUGCAACGAGACAGGUGGUACACCCAGUGUCACGGGUAUCACUUUGUAGACUUGGAAUUAUCUCAUGCAAGGAGGUUGACAUAAUUGGAGAAGCAACAAGUUUAGUAGGAGAUGUCUUUGUUGGUGAGGUAAAUCCUCUGGAAAAUGCUGUCAAGCAGUCCAUGAAGAAUAUUGGAAGGGCUGAAGCUGCACAGGCGACAGUUGACCAAGUCAAAGUUGAAGGAAUUGAUACUAAUUUAGCUGUAAUGAAGGAGCUGCUUUUCCCUCUCCUCGGAUCAAUUAAUCGCCUUCAACUAUUAGCUUCAUGGAAAGAUCCAUGGAAGUCAAUGUUAUUUGUGGUGUUUGUAAGCUAUGCUAUAAUCAGAACAGUAAACCAAAAAGUAGAAGAGAGAUCCAGCAAGACCCAGACAGAGGACGAGAAAUGAAAAAAACAUGGUUGUGGCGAAAGAAGAAAUUUUCAGUGAAAAAAAGGAGAAAGGAAAAAGAAAAGAAGAAAAGGUACCAACCAAAAGGUCCCUGACAAAAUAAAAAAUGCUCUCAGGCACGGUUUUCGAGGUUCAGCUUUCUCUCUUCUGAAAGUUAAACAGUCCCUUUUCCGGCAACUUCACAGCAAGGAACAUAGUUUCUCCUCAGUCAUCUACCAGUGAUUGUUCAGAAACUUAGUCAACAUUCAAUGCAGGGGAAGAUAAGAUUUAUUUUUACUCAGGUUUUAAAUCUUAUGAAAUCACAAGGACACAUUCAAGAUUCCAGAUCUGGUUCGACUGGGUGGAACGCAGCAGGAAUAUGUUCAAGAGAGUUAGUCUGAGUUUAAAGUUAUGAGGUGGAUUACAGUACCAGUUUCUCAAAAAAAGUUAUGCAGUGGAUUGUGCAUGUUCUCAACAUGGCAUCAAAGAUCCAGAAAAUGUCAGUCAAAUGCUGGAAGAUGGAAGAUCUCCUUGCAGAGUUUUAUGGCACAUUGAAAUACAAUAAAUAUGGUAGGUACAUCAGCAUUAUUGCUGUACAAGGAGAUAGAGAGCAGUUACAGUUAUUCCUGAGGGGACUUUUAAAGAAGGAUGGGGGAUCACAUUACAAAUAGAAAGAUUCAUUACUGCUACGCACGAAAAGUUGAGUCUCAAUAAAUAACAGACACAACCUACCAUGUAUUUCAAUCAAGGCUUAUUGGACCAAUGCAUGAACCCACAAACCUCUAUUCUCUGUCCAGUGUCGAACCAACCGCAGAUGUGUGAGCCGAUGUAAUGCUCAUGCCACCAAUUAAUUGUAUUAACACUAUUUAUACUUUGCUUCCUCGGCUCUUUAAAGGGCUUUCUCAGAUUUGGAUUGUGAAUCCAAAGCUUUAUGCCAUAAGUAAGGAAGCCUUCAGCCACACCAAAUUUGGAGUGCACAAACAUCAAAAAAUUCCCCCCAACACUUGAUGAUUGAGGUCUAGCAUUCCAGCAUAAACUAUAUCGUUGCUCAACCAACUCAAGCAAAGUAGAAUCUACACACACCUGAGGAACCACAUUCCUGUUUGACAUUUUGUCGAACAACUUGGAAGCAAACAGAUCCUCUUCACAUUUGUCAUACACUCCAGUACUUUCGGCCAUUUUGUCAGACAAAUAGGAAGCAACUAUAGUUGUCUUAAAUUUCGUACUUUCUAGCCAGGUAUUGAAGUAGACACUAGACGAAUCAAGCUCUCGAGUACACAACAUCCAGUUUCAUUGCAGUUCAGACCUUCACUUCCUGGAGAUGUAGCAUCACUUCCGAUACAGAUGUCGCACUGGCAAUCGAUGUUGCGUACACAACAUCCACUUUCAUUGUAGUUCAGACCUUCGCUUCCUGGAAAUGUAGCAUCACUUCCGAUACAGAUGUCGCACUCGCAAUCGAUGCUGCUUACACAAUAUCCAUGCCGCUGCUGCAAUUUGUUGAGAUUCGCUGCUAUUUCGCCCAAUUUUACUGACUCCUGUUCCAAUAGCUCGCCAUGUUUAAUCAUGGCUUCUUCGUUUUGAGUAGUUCGAACAUCUAAAACCUUCAGCCUUCAUUGGAAUUGAGCUUUCUCCGGUUGCGGAAGAAUGAUGUUACUCAAUGUAGAUCGCAAUCUUAUUUUCUUUAAUUUUUUUAGUUAGGAAUUGGUUUAAAUGGAGCGACACGGUUUGUGAAGAUUCAUAUAGUAGACCCCAACUUGCUUGUAAUUAAAGCGUAGCCAUAGUUGUUUUUAGUUAGAAAUAGAAUUGAUAAUCUUGUCUUUAGCUAGGAAUAAAGUUUACAGAUAAGGUUUUCCCUAAUUAUAUCUUUUUACUUAGAGAUAAGAGUUCUGUUAGUUUCAGGAGUUAAAUCGGAUUGUCAUAUAAUUUGUUUGGAAGAUUUUGAAUAGUACCUAAUGAACAAUCUUUCCCUCUUCCUCUCUUAUUAUUCGCUCUCAUCUUUCCUAUUUCUCUCUAUUCUUCCCCCCUUUCUCCUUUUUUUUUUCUUUUUUUUUCUUUUUUUCUUUUUGUUGCUACAUCAAGUUUCGUAUACAGAAGUACUUUCCAUGCGUUGUAAUGCUGGAGUAAGAUUCAUUUAACUAUAAUCCUUUCUGCUGAAGGUGAAACGGAAAUUGAUCAGGUUCCUUAGGUUUGAGGUGACCGGAAAUUGGUUGUGCUUUUACCUGACAAUUCUGAUAUUCUGACUUCUGGCAGAACAGUGUUGUUUUCAUCUGUCUAAAAUAUACUGACUCUUUUAUCUUUUUUCUUGUCAUCCCUAGCUGUU